AUGGUUAGUAAAGUUUUUUUUAUUACUACAAUUUUUAUUAAUACUAUAAUCAUUAGUUCAAAUUGUAAUUUUAGCAUUGAUAGCAAUGAAUCUAAUGAAAUAUAUGGUGUUAGUCCAAAAUUUAAUUUUGAAAUAAAUAAGUAUGAAGUUAAAACAACUACACUUCCUACACCUUCAAUAUUAUUAAAAGAAAUUUACAAAACUAUUAAUAAUGAAGAAAAAAAUAUAAAUGAAAUUAUGAGUAAUUUAAAUGAAGCUAUUUUUUUGACAAAUUAUGAAGAUAUAAAGAAUAAUAUUUUGUUAUUACAAAAUGAAGUUGAAAAAUAUAAAAAUGAACUGAAUGAAAAAACAAAAAAGUAUAAAUAG